AUGGGUGUAGAACCUGGUAAAAGCAAGAAUGAGGCUGCUGGGAUUAUGGCCAAUGACAUGAAGCCUGUCUUAGAUGAAAUGCACAAGGCACUAUUCAGGACUGCAGAGCAGACAAAAGACAGGGCAGAGCAUAGGCACUCUAAAACACCUGACUAUAAGUCUAGAAAACUGACCAAAAAGUGGAUUGGCCCUUAUCGGAUUAAGGAAGUCAAGCCAAAUGCAGUAGAGCUGGAACUCCAAAAUGAAUGA